AUGUCUGAAUUCGCGGCAGACCGGGGUGUUUCCAGCUAUGGAAAUUCAAAAAGCCGACCACACCAGCCCCAACCUGACCAAUCAUUCUUACACCAAGGGAAUAUAGACAGUAAUACUCUAGUACAGAAUCAGGAUGGGUCACUAACUGGUGUUCCUACGCCAUAUGCAACACCUCAAAAUACAACUUACCAAUCCGACCAUAACCAAGUUGCAGAUUUGGCAGCGUCUAUGACGCAGAUGAAUAUAUCAGAUCCAGCACCCAUUAGGAAAAAGAAAAAUAAAGACAGGCACGCAUACCACAAUGUAGAGCACACCGGAUCUUCUGCUUCAAUCAAUGAUCCGCUUAAUGGUACAUCUUUCCUCACGAACGCUGGCUAUACGGCUCAAACUGGACAGUUUCACAACCCUACUAUUACCCCUCAAAUGUCGCAAUUUCCCGCUCCUGCAAACACAAUAUUCAAUCCGUCAUCUUCAGCUUCCCCAGCUGAGUUUGCCUCCAGGGCUAGCAAACCUGCGGAUAGUGGAUAUUCUGCCAACCUACACACCUCGGCACACGGACAGGUUGAUCCUGAUCAGAUUCCAAGUGUUUCAAAAUCAAGAGAAUAUUAUUCACGACACUACUUAAAUCAUGUAUAUCCAACUUUUGAGCACCAUAUUCCACCCCCGGCUUCCGUGUCAUUUGUCGCUCUCGACCAGGGUAAUGCAUCCCCUAAAUUUACACGCCUUACAAUGAACAGUAUACCCUCGACACUUGAAGCACUUCAAUCUACAUACUUACCUCUUGGACUACUCCUACAGCCACUGGCACCUUUGCAGCCAGGGGAGUUAGAAGUGCCAGUUUUGGACUUCGGAGACACUGGACCUCCAAGGUGUCAAAGAUGUCGCGCAUAUAUCAACCCCUUCAUGGUGUUUAGGUCUGGGGGAAAUAAAUUUAUCUGCAAUAUGUGCAACUAUGCAAACGAUGUUCCAUCCGAGUACUUUUGUGCCUUGACGCCCCAAGGAGCACGAGUCGAUAGGGAACAGAGACCUGAGCUAAUGCGUGGUACUGUAGAGUUUCUUGUUCCAAAAGAGUACUGGUCUAAAGAACCUGUUGGCAUGCAUUGGCUAUUCGUGAUAGAUGUGAGCCAGGAGGCAUUUAACAAAGGUUAUUUAGAAUCAUUUUGUAAAGGAAUUAUAGCCGCCCUUUAUGGCGGAGACAGAAAAGAAACUGAAGAUCAAACCACCAAUCGAAAUAUACCCGCAGGCUCAAAAGUGGGAUUUAUCACGUUUGACAAAGACGUCCAUUUUUACAAUAUUAGUUCUGUACUUGAAGAAGCCCAAAUGUUGGUGAUGCCAGACAUUGACGAACCGUUUGUUCCAUUAAAUGAUGGAUUAUUCGUAAAUCCGUAUGAUUCCAAGGAAAAUAUCACCACAUUGUUAACCCAGCUUCCAGCUUUAUUCUCCCAAGUAAAAAACCCAGAACCUGCAUUAUUGCCGACUUUAAAUGCUGCUCUAGCUGCAUUGGAAAAGACCGGUGGUAAAAUCGUAUGUUCACUGGCGUCACUACCAACAUGGGGUCCUGGGCGGCUAUUUCUUCGUGAUGACGGUAAGCAAAACAUUGGGGACGCCGAAAAGAACCUAUUUUCUACUGAACAUCCUGGAUGGAAAAAGAUAUCAGAAAAAAUGGUUCAGUCAGGUAUUGGAGCUGAUUUCUUCUUGGCCGCGCCCAGAGGUGGCUAUCUGGACAUUGCCACUAUUGGUCACAUUUCUGCCAGCACUGGGGGUGAAACAUUUUAUUAUCCAAAUUUUGUAUUCCCGCGAGAUACCGAAAAAUUAGUGCAAGAGGUUGUGCAUACAGUGACACGUGAAACUGGAUACCAAGUACUAAUGAAAGUCCGCUGUUCUACGGGUCUCCAAGUAUCGUCAUACGCAGGCAAUUUUCAUGGAAAUGCCUUUAGGAGCGAUAUUGAAUUUGGUGUCAUAGAUAGAGACAAAGCGAUAGGAGUCAUGUUUAAAUACGAUGGCAAGCUUGAUGCGAAACUUGAUGCUCACUUUCAAAGCGCACUGCUAUACACUACGUCAUCAGGUGAGCGGCGGGUAAGGUGCUCGAAUGUGAUAGCAAGCGUCAGCGACAACGCAAAAGAUUGCAUGAGAUAUGUCGACCAAGACGCCGUUUACGCUCUAAUUGCCAAAGAAGCAGUCGCUAAAAUUGUCUCGAACUCAUUAAAAGAUAUACGAGGGGCUCUCAGUGAAAAAAAUGUUGAUAUUCUUGCAAGCUACCGCAAGAACUUCUCAGGGUCGCACCCCCCUGGUCAGCUAGUGAUACCGGAAAAUCUGAAGGAGUUGAGUAUGUACAUCCUUAGUUUGAUCAAGACUCGGGCUUUAAAAGGCGGUCAAGAGCCUUCGGAUCACCGCGUACACAGCAUGCGUAUGAUAAAGUCAAUGGGUGCUUUGGAACUCUCUCUCUAUCUCUAUCCCCGUAUGAUACCCAUACACAAUCUUGCUCCAGAGGAUGGCUUUCCUGAUGACCAAGGCCACUUACGCAUGCCAGCUUCAAUACGAAAUUCUUUCGCUCGAGUUGAGGAAGGCGGAGCUUACCUUAUCGACAACGGCCAAAACUGUUACUUAUGGAUUCAUGCUCAAAUUUCUCCGAACUUUAUCACCGAUCUUUUUGGAGAAGGCAUGGAUUCUCUCAAGGCUCUUGAUUCUCUAAUCUCAUCACUCCCAAUCCUGCCGACACACCUCAGUGCACAAGUACGAAAUAUUCUUGAAUAUCUCCGCUCAAUGCGUGGGAGCAAGGCUCUCACAAUCCAGCUUGCACGGCAAGGGCUUGACGGCGCAGAGUAUGAAUUUGCUCGCAUGUUGGUCGAGGAUCGAAAUAAUGAGGCACAUAGCUAUGUGGAUUGGCUAGUGCACAUCCAUAGGCACGUGCAACUUGAAUUGACUGGACAGAGGAAGAAAGAUAGUGAUGCCUCUAUCACAUCUAAUUUGGCUGGCUUAAGGCCACCGUACUGGUGA